AGCAUAUACAUAUUUACUAACCAACUAAAUCUUUCUAUAGAUGAUCGAAUACAUGGAUGUUUACAUAUAUAUAAUGUAUUUGACACUGUUGUUUUUUUCUGCAAUAACAAUUUUCCUAUUUUGUUUUACAAAACCCAAAUCAUACACAAAAAGUUUACCUCCCGGACCUUCUCCUUUACCAAUAUUUGGUAACUUAAUGGCUUUACUACCACACAUUAGUACACCUCACAAAUACUUUGCCAAGCUAGCUAAGACUUAUGGUCCUAUUGUGAGCCUUCAAUUAGGUUCCAUUACCGCUAUUGUUAUUUCUACCCCUACACUCGCCAAACAAGUCCUCCAUAAAAAUCAUAGCAUUUUCUCCACCUUAUAUGAUCUCGAUGCAAUCGGAGCUCACCAACACGAUGAAUUUUCGGUUGGCCCCUUAUCCCCCAAAUCUCCAAAAUGGAAAAUCCUUAGGAAAAUUUAUAGCACCCAACUUUUGAGUGAAAAAAUGAUGGAAAACAUGAAGUUUCAUAGGUACAAAAAGAUGGAGGAAUUGAUGGGUUAUGUGAGAAAAUGUGCGUUAGAUAACAUUAGUGUUGAUGUUGGACAAGCAUUGUUUGAUACUUCUUUUGAUAUGAUAUGUAGCUCAAUUUUCUCCAUGGAUUCAAGAACUGAUUCCAAGAUAACAGAGAUUAAAGAUUUGAUGAAUGGUAUUAUAACAGAGAUUGGGAGGCCUAAUAUUGUGGAUUGUUAUCCUAUACUUAAACCUAUUGAUCCACAACGUAUCAGGCAUCGGUUAACAUAUUAUUGUGUUGAUUUGUUCAACUUAUUUGAUGAAAUUAUUGCAGAAAGAUUGACGUGUAGGGAAGAGAAAUUGCGUUGUUCAGAUGUGUAUAGUGAUCUAAUGGACGUGAUCUUAGAUGUAGUGGAAGAACAAAAGGACGAAAUCACCCGAGACCAUGUUCAUCAUUUACUAUUGGAUCUCCUUGGUGCGGGAAUGGAUACAACAUCAAAAACAAUGGAGUGGGCAAUGGCAGAGCUACUUGGAAACCCGAUGAUGCUGACCAAGUUACAACAAGAAAUAGACAAAGUGGUGGGAAAAGCCAAAUUUGUGUUUGAAUCAGACAUCUCAGAACUUCCAUACCUACAAGCAAUAGUUAAAGAAACCCUCAGACUCCAUCCAGCAGCGCCAUUGUUACUCCCUCGCAAGGUAGAGCAGGACAUACAAAUCCAAGGCUAUCAACUACCUAAGGGUGCAAUGCUUAUAGUUAAUGCAUGGGCCAUUGGGCGUGACCCGGAGUCAUGGGCUGACCCCGAUACAUUCUACCCAGAACGGUUCUUGGGGUCAGAGCUAGACAUGAAGAGUCAAUUUUUGAAGCUAUUUACAUUUGGCGCAGGAAAAAAGAUAUGCGUUGGGAUGCCCUUAGCCUUGCGCAUGAUUUCUUUAGUGUUGGGUAACUUGAUUACUUGUUUCGACUGGAAACUACUAGACAAACAGAAUUUGGGUGUGGAGUAUGACAUGAGUGAUCAAUAUGGAAUUACACUAAAGAAGACCAAAUCCUUAUGUGCUUAUCCGGUUACUCGUUCUUGAUAUCAUCAUAGCUCGUUUAUGUCUUGAAAUGAAUUGAGUUUGAUUUUCCCACCAAAAAGCUAAGGUCCCUGAAUUACCACAAUCUGUGGUUGUAUUCUGAGUACUUAACAAGCCUAGUGUGGGUUUUUAUUUGAAAAAUUAUUAUCUAUUCUUUUAGAAAACUUUUCAUUUUGAUGACAUUGGAUUUUAAAUGAAAUCAAUGAAUACUAGCAUAUAAUUAGCUUUGCUAGAAUCAGAGGACUAAUUUUCA